UGCAUCACAGGCCCUGCCGUGCAAACAAACAGCUGAGGGAGCAGCGUCCAUCUGUCCAUCCGCACGGCGGCUUCUCUCAUUCUUCUCCCCCCAGCAGCCAUGGCACCAACCAACGUCUCCACCACCCUCAUCCUCAUCCUCACAGCUCUGCUGUCUGCAGCUGCCGCUCCCCACAAACCCACAGCACCCCCGAGCCUGGCCAACACAACGAUGCCGUGGCUGCUGGGGCUGUGGCAAUACGUGGCCGGGGCUGCCCAGCUCCCCCAGCACCUCCUGGAGCUGCUGCUCAUCGAUCACGGCCACCUUCACGUGGAGCCCAGCAGCGGGCAGGAGCUGCUCAUCACCCAGCACGUGGCAGUGGGUGGCCGAUGCCUCUCCAACAACUCCACCUCCAUCCUCCUCAGUGCCAACGGCACGGCGCUGCUCAAGGACGUCAAGACUCAGCGCAUCCUGGGGAUGGUGACAAAGCUCAGCUCUGAGGACACUCUGCUCAUCCAGCACCACGUGCACAGGGAGAGGAUGUAUUCAGCUCUGUAUCUCUAUGCCCGCAAUCGGACAGUGAGCAGCACGCAGCAGGACGAGCUGGGACAGCAUGCAGAGAACCUGGGGCUGAGCAGAGGGGCUGUGGUGUACGCGCCGUGGAGGAAGGACGCGGAACAGCAGAGCCCUGCCCUGCCCCCCGCUGCGGCGCUGGGGUGUCUCUGCCCUGCAAGGCAGCGCUGCUCUACGGAGCCUAAAGAAAACCGGACUGGAAAUGUUCUACGAAGCGAGAAGAGCAGAUCCACUCCUGGUCCCAGGGCAGGGCGCUGCCAACGCUCUGCUGACACAAGCCCACCAGCUGUACCCACACCCUGCUGCAGUCCGGCAGCCAAAGCGCAGGGCAGGGCAGUGGGUGCUGCCAGGGGCCCUGAGGACACACUGAGCGACAUCACGGAGUGCAGUCCUCAGAUUGCAAAGAGCAGCACUUGGAAGAGUUCUGCUCUCCCAGGUCCUUGUAGGGGAAACUGCUCCCACCGUCAGCAUCCGUGGUGACAAACAUCCUAAGGAGGAAAAAUCUGAUCCCAGGCAGCACCAACCCUUCAUAGAGAGACGUGGACACGAGGGGUCUCUUUGACAGACCUUUAUUAGCAGACUGUUCCCUACAUGAAGAAUCUGAGUUAGAUUUGCAUUAUAACAAUUUGUGGUUACAGCUACAAAGACAGUUGUCAUUUUGCAUUGA